AAAGAAAAGGAAAGUAAGCUCCAAAAUUUCACGGUAUCCCUCCAAAUUGUCUUUCACCCUAAAAUCUCUCAAACUUUCAGCCUAAAAUCCCUAACAGACUGCCGAUCGAACUCCUUCAAAAUUCAGAAUCUCAGCCACUAAACUCCUUCAAAAUUCAAAAGGUCAAAAACUCUAAGAAAGGUCACAAAGAGCGAGCGAGGCGGCUGCUAAACUUCGGCAUCCAGAACUCUGUUCAAUUUCUUCUUUGGAGGCCGCUAAUCCUCCAAAGUACUUUACAUAAAUUAUACUAUUGGAUUAUCCGCUAAACAAGAGUUGCACAAUUGUAUAAAGAAGAUGAUAGUCAGAUCAUGGAAGAUUUCCUUGCACUUUCACGCGGUCCGAUCCAAUAUGUGUUACAUUAUAGUGGUUAUGUUGUUAAUGGAUAUAGAUUUCAUGUGGAAGAUUAUGAUAAACAUUUAAGGACUCAAAAUUGUGGUGUGGCUGUUGUCGGUGAGACUGAUCAACAUAGUGAGAAUAUUGAUUACUAUGGAGUUUUAAUUGACGCUCUUGAAUUGCAAUUCACCGGAAGAAGAGUAAUUUUGUUUCGAUGUAAUUGGUUUGAUGCAUAUGAUAAAAAGAAAUGAACUAAAACAGAUGAAUAUGGUAUUGUAAAUGUUAAUUGGGGGCGAUUUUUGAAAAUAAAUGAGCCUUUUGUAUUAACGGACCAAGCAUCUCAAGUAUUUUAUGCUAAUGAUAAUUCCAACAAAGGCUGGUGUGUAGCAAGAAAGACACAAUCUCGUGAUUCCUAUGAGAUUUUGCAACAAAUGGAUGGUGAUGUUGUAGAUUUAGAAAAUCCUAUACAAAAUAAACGGAAAAGAACCGACUGAGGUUUGAUAUGAGACCAUCAAAGAAUGAAAAUGAGGUAGCAUCUAUUGGGAAAGCUACUACCAAAUAUGUGUUUGUUGCACCGGGUGUUAUAGGGAAGGGACGAGGGAGAGGGCUUAAAUCUCUAAGCUCUUUAGGGGUAUCUAGAAUAGAUAUUCCAUUUUUUCCAUCUACUGAUCAAGCUAUGAAGUACAACCAAAUUGUUGAAACGGGUGCUGUAACGAAGGGACGAGGGCGAGGGCUUCGAUUUAUGUGCUCUUUGGGGGUGUCUGAAAUGGGACCAACGAAUAAAAAACCAUUGGUUUUUGAGAAAGGGCAUAUGCAAACUAAUAUUCCAUCUUUUUCAUCUACUGAUAACAUUAUGCACUACAUCCAAAAAAAUUCAGCAAGUGCUCUAGGAAAGGGACGAAAGCAAGAGCUUAGAUCUAUGUGUUCCCUUGAAGAAUCUGAAAAUGAAGAGCGAUCUUUCCAUCAAAAUACUCAUUAUAAUUGUCAAAGCAUGUCAAGACCUUCUAAGAGUACCUUAUCUGCCGCUCAAGAAUUGCGAACAGUGAAUAAAAACCCUUUGGUUCAUGACAAGGAGAAUAUGCAGACUGAUAUUUCAUUUUCUCCUUCUGUUGAUCAAGUUAUGCAGUCCCCCCAAAAAGCUGAAGCAAGUAUUCUAGGGAAAGGACGAGGGCGAGUUAGAUCUAUGUGCUCAUUUGAGGAGUCUGAAAAUGAAGUGCGAUCCUUCUAUCCGAAUUCUCAUUAUGCUAGUCAAAAUAUGUCAAGACAUUCUAAGAGUACAAGAUUAGACUCUACCAUGUAUGCCGCUCAAGGAUUACGAACAAUGAAUCAAAAGCUUUUGUUUCAUGACAAGGAGAAUAUGCAAACUGAUAUUUCAUUUUCUCCUUCUAUUGAUCAAGUUAUGCAGUCCACCCAAACAGUUGAAACAAGUUCAGGUACUGCAGGAAAGGUAAAAAAGGUUAGAGGAAGUAACAAGUGCAAAGAAGUUGCAUCACUUGAAGUUGGAGAGAAGCUAAAAGUAACAUUCUACAAUAAUCGAACAGUUGGAAAGAAUAACAAUCUAUUUUCGAGGCACUUGGGAAAAAUAGUUUGCGACCGUAAUAUAUAUCCGUUGGGAAUAUUAUCGUGGGAUCGCAUUAAGGAAGAAAAGUUAAAUCACAUGUGGGCAGCUGUUAAGGAUAAAUUUGAGAGUGAUGACAUGGAUAUACAUCGCGAUCAUAUUUUGGGAUGGAUGAAAGAGUUAUGGAACAAAUGAAGAGGACAAGUGCAUGCAAAAUAUGUGAAGGGUAAGCCAAUCCAAGAGGCUCUUAAAAAUGUGCCCAAGGGGGUAGACAAGAAACAAUGGGAGUGGUUGGUAAAGGAACAUUUUUCUACAGAAAGUUUUCAGGCGAGAAGUAACAGGAAUGCAACAAAUAGAACUAAGUUGAAGAUGCUUCAUCGUAUUGGUAGCAAACCAAUUAGAGAGAUUAUUUAUCAAAAGGGCGGAAAAGAUGGCAAACCACCAAAUUUGGCAACUAUUUUCUUCGAGACUCGCAAGAAGAAUAACACACUUUUUGAACCUAAAACAAUCGAGAAACAUGCUCAAAUCAAGGAAUUGGUGCAGUCUGAACCGUCACUUCCUAACAUAGAGAUUGUAGAAAAAUGCUUUGAACCUCAAAGUCGUAGUCAUGUAUUUGGCUUUGAGGGUGGAUUAAAGGUGAAAGAUUUGAAAGGGGGAACUACCUCAAAAACUAAAUUAUUGGCUAAGCUACGUUCAACUAAAAAUGAAAACUAUCUUUGAAGGAUCGUCUGUCUAACUUCGAAAAUGAGAUGAGGGAACUGAGGAAAAUAAAAGAAUUAGUAUUAGCGCAACAAACUAAUUUCCAGCCUCCAGCUCAGGAGAAUGACUAUUUGGAUCCUUGAUGAUACCAAAUUCAGGCGUAGCUGGUCCCGCUCACGAGUGCUGAUUCAUUCCAG